AAAGAAACGAAAGUGUUGUAUACCACCAAAUGUUUUAAUUUCAAAUGCCUCGCACUCGUGAGUUAUGACCAACUUUCACAACAGAGGAUAUUUUAGAAACUCCGAUCAUUCUUCAAGCACACAGUAGAGGAAAAAGAGAAAAGGUUGAAUAUUUCAAUUCAACAUUAGAAUUUUCAAAAUCAUGGACUUCCUAUAUUUCGUAAAACGUACCACGGACAAGCUAAAACUGAGCCCUCUAACACUUCUCUAUAAAAUCCUAUGAUAAGGUUCUUUUUUAGACCAAAAUACUGCCAAUAUUUCAUGUAACACAUGGCAAUGGUUUCCUCAAGAACACUUUUCUUCCUCUCUGCCAUUUUUAUGCUCAUUGUUCAAGCCUAUGCGCAGCCAGCCUUCUUAUACCACUUUUGUUUGAACGAAACUGGUACCUACACCACUAAUAGUACCUAUGAAGAAAACCUCAAGCAACUCCUCUCCUCCAUCUACUCAAACACCAAAAUUGAUUACGGUUUCUACAAUUCUUCAUCAGGCCAAAAUUCUGACCAGGUAUAUGGAAUUGGACUUUGUAGAGGAGAUGUUAAGCCAGAUGAUUGUCGUGGUUGCCUCAAGAACUCUUCUGAUCUUCUCACACGGCUCUGUCCCAAUGAAAAGGGGGCAAUCGGAUGGUACGACCAGUGUAUGUUGCGCUACUCAAGCAGCUCCAUUUUUGGACUCAUGGAAACUAAUCCUGGUUUCAUUAUGUCGAACACGAAUAACAUAUCGUCCAAUUUAGCUCAAUUCAAUGAUGAUCUCAGGGCCUUGUUGGAGAACCUAAGAAGUAAAGCCGUAGCUGGUGAUUCUCUUCGUAAGUUCGCAGCAGGAAAUGGAUCCGCACCAGACUUUAAGAGAUUAUAUGCACUUGUGCAAUGCACACCUGAUUUGUCUGAUAAAGAAUGCGACAGUUGCUUACAAGGCGCUUUUGAAGGUAUUCCACAAUGUUGUAGUGGGAAGCAAGGUGGGAGAGUAGUUAGACCCAGCUGUAAUUUCAGGUUUGAGGACUACUCCUUCUUUGACGCUGCAUAUCUACCAUCAACCAAUCCCACCACUUCAGAAGGCGGGAAUGGGUUAAGCACAUCACAGACUGUCAUCAUUAUAGUUGUACCAUCUGUUGCCUUAGUGGUACUAAUCAUCUCCAUCUACAUCUAUUUAAGAGUGAAGAGGCGGCCAACGAAGAAAGAAGAAAAUAUUGAUGAUGAAAUUGGAAGUGUGGAAUCUUUGCAAUUCAACUUUGACACUAUUAGAGUUGCAACAGAGGACUUUUCUGAAGCAAAUAAGCUAGGACAGGGUGGAUUCGGGGCUGUUUACAAGGGUAUGCUCUAUAAUGGACAAGUUAUCGCGGUUAAAAGGCUUUCAACAAAUUCUGGACAAGGAGAUUUAGAAUUUAAGAAUGAGGUUCUAUUGGUUGCCAAACUUCAGCACCGUAAUUUAGUCAGACUCAUAGGGUUUUCAGUGGAAAGGAAUGAAAGGCUUUUGAUGUAUGAGUUUGUGCCAAAUACUAGCCUUGAUCACUUUCUUUUUGAUCCUAUCAUGCGUGAACAACUGAAUUGGGAAAAGCGUUACAAAAUCAUAGGGGGUAUUGCUCGAGGGCUUCUCUACCUUCAUGAAGAUUCGCGACUUCGAAUUAUCCAUCGUGAUCUUAAAGCUAGCAACAUACUUUUAGACGAAGAAAUGAAUCCUAAGAUUUCAGAUUUUGGCAUGGCAAAAUUGUUUUCAUUGGACCAAACUCAAGCUAAUACAAGUAGAAUUGUGGGGACCUACGGAUAUAUGGCUCCAGAAUAUGCAAUGCAUGGACAGUUUUCAGUGAAAUCUGAUGUCUUUAGUUUUGGUGUAUUAGUGUUGGAAAUAGUGAGUGGACAGAGGAACAACUGCUUUCGAAAUGGUGAGAAUGUGGAGGACCUUCUAAGCUAUGCAUGGAAAAAUUGGAGAGAGGGAACUGCUUCACAUAUUAUUGAUCCCACAUUAAGACAUAGCUCAAUAACUGAAAUAAUGAGAAGCAUCCACAUUGGUUUACUAUGUGUUCAAGAAAGUGUAACUGAUAGGCCAACCAUGGCUAUGAUUGCUCUUAUGCUUAAUAGCUACUCUAUCACUCUUCCGAUACCAUCACAACCUGCAUUCUUUAUGCACAGCAACAUUGAAUCGGACAUGUCAUCACAAUGGGAGCAUAAUUUGGAGGCGACAAGAUCAGAUCAUUCCGAAGGCGGCUAUAUACAACACUCAGCAAAUGAGGCUUCAAUUACUGAGCUAUAUCCUCGUUAGUGCUUUAAGAAGCUACAAUUAAGAAGGCAUAUUUACACGAAUCGUUUAACCUGCAACAUGUUGAUUGAUUUUGUUGUAUCCAAGAAAAUAAAGUCAUUGUUACCAAGACUCACCCUUUUUCUUGGUGACACAAUCUAAUACAGUUUUGCUAAUUAUGCUUAAAAUUGUAUGAUCAUGUUUCAUUUUGCUUUUGGUUGUUUCGGUUUAAUUUGUAAUGUUUGUUAGAAUUUGGUAAGGUUCAUUGUCUCUGUUUGCGAUUAGAAAUAUUUGUUUGUUGAAUAAAAUUUUCUUUUACUUAUGUUGAGAGAAAGGUUUGACGGUA